ACCCUUGUCUUGUAUCUGCCCUGUGUACUGGUUAUGUGUAUGUAGGCUACAAGAAGCACCUGUUAGUCAGUUUCAAUCCUGGGAUCUGUUGACAGAAAAGAGAAACAAACACAGUCAAGACUAGAUUCUGGUGGUGGGCUGCACAAGAAGGCUGGCCAUGAUUGGAAGGGGCAUCCUGGGUUGUUUCAUCUUGUGUCUGUCUCUGACCUCAGUAUGCGCUGUCAGAGGAACCCUUAGUUCAAUAAAGGACCUCAAGGGAAUAGAGUUUGGUCACACCUUUCCUCGACACGGCCUCAUGCUGCUCCACUGGCUAGCCAACAACAUUCGCAUUGACAACAACGGCAACAUGAGACUCAAUUUCAACCCAACCAGGGGAGACUAUGGCUUUCAUUUCUAUGGAAACAGACCAGCUUCAUUACCUUUUCUGCUUCCUGAAAGCGGAAGUUACUACUCACUAGGGAAUAUGAACAGUAAUGGCUUAAGGGCACUUCCUGAUUAUGUAGCUCAAAUAUUCUACAGCUCAAGUGGACCUGAGAACAACAGGGACAGGGUCAUACUCAGAGUUAGGGAGGAUGGGUCCAAUCAGUUCAUAGUAGACGAGGUCUAUGUCACACAGCACUAUCCACCAAAUGAAAACAGAGGAAGUGCCUAUGAUCCAGACAAUACAUACCGUGUCAAUGUCAGCCUCCUUAGACAAAUCCAAAGUCUACCAACCAUUGACCAAAAUGACAUUCCACGUAUAUAUAAUGUAGAGAUCAACCACAACAGUAUGCAAGAACUGGAAAACAUCUGGGGACAAACACCUGGUCUGGCACUUCUUCUGGCUAUUGUAUUGUACUUUACACGUCCCAAAACCUUAUUUAUUAAAGAGCAAGCGUUUUGUUUAACAUUUCAACCCCAGAGUGACAAACUCAAAGGCCAUGGUGCGCGGGCAGUUGAAACCCAAAGUGUCAUGGAGGAUAAGGAUAAUGCAUUGAUUAAGCUUAGUGUGAAAACCACAAAUAGAGGAAAAGCCAGGAUCAUCUGGAGUGGGAUCCCCAAGAGGCUAUUAGACCGGGGUUUAAUGGUGGUUCUUCAUAGGAACAAUAACAGUGACAGUAAGAGCGAGCUGGACAGAUCAUCAGUCGGGGGCCAAGCCUCUGGGAGCUAUAACACCUCAGUACCCCUUAACCCUGGUCUCCAGGUCCGGCUCCAUAAGGAGGUAAAAUCAUGGUGGAAUUACUUGGGGUUUGGGUCCACUAUCGGAGAGGAGAUCUGGAGAGGUUCUGAGUUUCACGAUGCCAACAGAGAGAUUCCUGCUUAUAUUAAUGACUAUGACGCCAGUCUGCAGCUCUUCGUAAAGGAUGGAAAGGCCUGCGCUCGUCUGUAUGUAAAGAAAUCCUUCACUGCCUGGAAGAAAACGUUUCAUAACUCCUGGGUUGGGUUCUACUCUUCUGAAGGCACCCUGGAUUAUAACACCUGGCAAUGGGCUGUAAAGUUCUCUGAGGAAAAAGGCUCACAUCAGGCUGAUAUACCUGGGUAUGACGUCUAUGUGUAUGAGUCUAGUAUGACCAUGUCUCCUGGGGUCCAGGUCAGAUUCAUGCUGGAGAAAUCUGGGGGUGAAAAGGCACGCACUCCACCCUGGGAGAGACUUGUCCAGUGGCCGGUGGUGGCUGGUCCCCUGCAGGAAGGUGAGGUGCCGGAGGUCCCUCCGCCCCCUCUGGACAUCGAGGGGUCCCCAGCGUACACUGUACGUUCUAUUAUGGACUCUAGACGCCGGGUGAGGGGCCUGCAGUAGUGUGGGGUAGUGUCACGACUCCCACCGUCGCCGGUCUACUAGCCGUCACCAAUCCUCUUUUCCUUUUUUGUUUGUUUGGUCUCAUUUGUUGCACCUGUCUCUUAUUUUGAUUAGUGUCUAUUUAAGCCUGUUAGGCCCGUCUAUUUUUGUGCGGGAUGUUUUUCUGUUAGUCAGGUUGUGCGUGUUGUGAUCCUGCCCGUUUGUGCCCUGUGUUGGGUUGGGCUAUUUUCUGUCGAUUUUUCACCCGUUGUUUUGGGCGUUCGUUUUGGGAAUCCUAAUAAAGUCGGUUUCCCCAGUA